GUGUCGUCUGACGUGGGUCAUCGCUUCUCUCUCAUCGACGAUGAUCAUCGUGGCGCCACUCUUUGGAUCACUGCUCUGCUGAGCAUGAUAUACUCGGUACUCAGCUGCAUUGUGCGAAUCUACCUAGUGCAUCACAAGCCGACGAAAGAUGCGGUAGUUUUGGUUGUGGCCACUGUGCGACCACCCCCUUCCAUCCAAAUGGCUUCCCCUCUCUGCGCAGUGAGACGCUGAUAAUAAAGUGUCGGCAAGGUUGUGGGAUUGAUCCAAACUUUCCUCGUCAUCUGUCAGCUGCUGUCGGGCUACGGAACGACCAUCAACUUGCUCAACUCUUCUGAUAUAUUGUCUAUCGAGAAGUUUGGAUACGGCGCCAACGUCCUUUUCGUCAUCACGCUCUCGCUUGCGAAGCUGUCUGUCGUGUGGUUUUUGGCAAGGCUCACGCCGAGCGUCACAUUCCUGAGAAUUUGCCAUGCUCUGGCCGCCUUCUGUGCGGCGUGGGGGAUCGCGGGGACUCUUUCGCUCGCCUUGCGAUGCGACCUGGCCCAGCCGUGGCUCGUGAUCGGAAGGGACUGUCCGAAGCUUUUGCUGCGAUGGAGGCUCGUGCUCGCGCUGGACAUGGCCAUGGAAGCCUUUCUGUUCGCGCUGGCCGUCUGCCUCGUCGCCAACCUCCAAAUGGCAGCUGACAAGAAGAUGGUUGUGGUAUCCAGCUUUGCAUUCCGCCUACCGCUGAUCGCGCUGGCGGUCAUGGAGGCGCACUACACGUGGCUGUACAUUGGCUCAACGAAUGCUACGUUUGAUCACAUCACGCUCAGCACACUCAUGUCUGUUCAUUUGGGCUGGAGCCUAGUGUCAGCGACCAUUCUCUGCCUAAAACCGUUUGUGAUGAUGCUGGGUUCCGGGUGCUUUACCAGCAACCACUACCUCGGCUCGAGCACGGCGGGCGGCGACGCAGUCCUGUUAUCACCGAGCGACAGCGGGCAAAGUCACGGGUCGAGACGCUAUAUGGUAAAGUCAAGGCCAAAUCGGGGCGCAAGGGCAGCGGCAGUAGGUGAGCACGAGCUUCUUGCUUUGAGCGACCUCAAGCAUACAACGUGGCUGCGGUCGCGGGCAGAUGCAGGUAGUUUGGGCUACGACUGCGGUGUGUCGCAGGCCAGUAGAGGAGGGACUGGCGAUGGAGCGCAUCGCCUGUCUGAUGGCAGCUCACAGGACCUCAUCAUCCAAGGAGCAGCCCAAGCGAUUGCACGCCGGUGGCGAGGCGAGGCGGUCACCGCGAAGACGGACUCCCAGUAG